AAUCAUUCUCAAUGAUUCUAGAAAAUACAGUAUGAAAGGACUUGGUCUAAUUGCGUUUACAAGCUUUUAAGUCCAAAGUCUUUAAGAAUUCCUUUUAUUUUCUAACCCCUCUUGCAAAAUUUGAAUGUUGUUUUGGCUUUAUGAUAUUUUUCUAAUGUCAUUUGUUCAACGAGUAAUUGUCAAAUUCUCACUGUUCCUCCCACUCGCCUUCCCUCCUUCGUCUUAUAAAAUAAACACACGGAGUUUACUCAGCUAUUCCACCACAAGUUGAACUCUCCUUCGUUUCAAUUCAACUCCUUAUACUUCUAUCAACAUGGGUGAAGCCAAGAAAGUAGUUGUGAAGGUGGGUGUACACGAUGAUAAACAGAAAAGGAAGGCUUUGAAGGCAGUUUCAAGUCUUUCAGGGAUCGAGUCCUUAGCUAUGGACAUGAAAGACAAGAAAUUGACGGUGAUCGGUGAUGUUGAUCCGGUUUGUAUCGUCGGAAAACUUAAAAAACAUUGGCACACAGAGAUAGUGACCGUUGGACCAGCCAAAGAAGAAAAGAAGAAAGAGGGCGAUGAUAAGAAAGACGGCGAUAAGAAAGACGGGGAUAAGAAAGACGACGAUAAAGAUAAGAAGAAGAAGGAGGAGGAGGAGGCUAUUAAAAAAUGGGUGGAAGCUUAUAGGGCCUAUAAUCCUUGCAUGACACAGCACUACUGUGUCCAGAGUGUAGAGGAGUAUCCCAAUAGUUGUGUUAUUUGCUGAGUUUUCGAAACUGUAAAAGAAAACAAGGAUAUACAUGUAUAUCACUAUAAGUUAUUUUUCAUCUCAUAUCACAAUAUCACAAAAUAACAAUGCCAACCGCCAAAUAC